GUGGAGAGACAGAGAUCUGGAGAGAGAUGGGACAAAGGCGAGGUCGAGCGCCAUGCUGCGAGAAGGUUGGGCUGAAGAAGGGGCCAUGGACGCCGGUUGAAGAUGCGAAGCUCAUAGGUUACAUUCAGAAGCAUGGACACGAGAAUUGGCGUGGUCUCCCCAAACAAGCAGGUUUGCUUCGAUGCGGGAAGAGCUGCCGCUUAAGGUGGAUUAAUUACCUUCGGCCCGACAUAAAGAGAGGAAACAUCACAAAAGAGGAAGAGGAAACCAUCAUCAGGCUUCAUGGACAGAUGGGGAACAAAUGGUCCAAAAUCGCCUCAUGCCUCCCCGGAAGGACCGAUAAUGAGAUCAAGAAUCUGUGGAAUACCCACUUAAGGAAGAGACUAACACCAAAGGAAUCGAAUAAUCCUUCGACCAACAAAACUAAAGUUCCUCCAAGCUCACCCUCCAACUCUAACAUUUCAUGCGACAAUGAUGGUAAUACAAAGAUUGAUGAGGACGGCAAGCAACCAAAUGUUGGAUCCUCUGAACCUUUAGAAGGAAAUAACUCAUAUGACAUGGAAUGCAGUCAAGAUUCAGUGAACAUAAUGAGUGAACUCUUCAUGGAGAUAGAUCAAUGCAUGCUCAUAGAAGGAUUAUCUGACCUUUCAGCAGAUGACUGUAGAGAUUCUUCAGGCAUCUCUUCAUUGGAAUCACACAUAACAUCUUGUGAUUUCCAGGAGAAGUCAGUCCAACAACCACUGCAGGACGACGGAAAGAACCACCAAGAUUACUUAAUCCGAGUACCUGAAAUCUCCAUCGAUGCAGAAAUUUGGAGCAUAACAGAUGAUGUGGGUCCAGUGGUGGAAGGUGGAGCUCACACCAUUCCAAUAACCUCUGAAGGAGAUUCAACAAGAGAGGUUGAUGACAAGGGUUGGUUGGCUUACUUAGAAAAGGAGCUUGACUUGGAGGGAACAAUGGAUCUCAAUGCGGUUGAGCAACUUUGUCCGACGGGAUAUCUUGGUGGGGUUUUGGAGGACUUUGAUCCAGUCUCCUGUUAUUUUCAGAAGAGACACUGUCCGCCUCCCUCGGAUCUUGCAUCCCAGGUUGGUCAAUAGGAUGACUCAAAUGGUGGAAAAAAGCUGCAACGUCAUGCAACCAUCGUUAGGUCUUUCGACCCCCACUAUACUUUGCUUGAAUCAUAUUAACCUUGACCGUGUAUAUUUUCUCAUGGGGUUAUUGUCAUCC